GACGGUUAAGAUUAUUUCGAUUCCGAAUUUCUCAUGUGUGGGGCUUCAGCUGAAAGUAUCAAUAAGCUGUACCUGCUCCAUGGCAAUUUUUGUGUGCAAUUCUCGUUGCUCACUAAUUCGCCCAAUUCAUUUGAGUUUCGGGACUUUGGAGGAUAAGUUCAGGUGAGGCAAAAGUCUCUGCUAUUUUCCCAUCUUCGUAAUCAUCAGGUGCUUCAUCUAGCAUUGAGCCUCUCGCUCAAUCUUGCAAACAAUUUAUCCAUCGUAGUUCUGUACAACAAUUUUUGUGCUAAGUGUCUGGACUUGUUACUAAAGAAUUUCAGCAAGCGGAAAGAAAUGAGAGAGUGUGUGUCUAUCCAUAUUGGUCAGGCAGGAAUCCAGGUUGGCAAUGCUUGUUGGGAGCUUUUCUGCUUAGAGCAUGGCAUUCAGCCGGAUGGUCAACUGCCAAUGGAAAAGACGUGCAACGGAGGAGAUGACGCCUUCAUGACCUUCUUCAGCGAGACCGGUGCUGGGAAGCAUGUACCGCGUUGCAUAUUCUUGGACUUGGAACCUACGGUGAUAGACGAAGUGAGAACUGGCACAUAUCGUCAGCUUUUUCACCCCGAGCAGCUCAUCAGCGGCAAAGAAGAUGCUGCCAACAAUUUCGCUCUUGGGAAGGAGAGCGUUGAUCUUUGCUUGGAUAGAAUCCGCAAGCUUGCGGACGGCUGCACUGGUCUUCAGGGAUUUCUGGUGUUCCAUUCGGUGGGAGGUGGUACUGGAUCAGGCCUGGGUUCUCUGCUUCUGGAAAGAUUAUCUGUGGAUUAUGGUAAGAAGUCGAAGAUAUCCAUGUGCGUCUUUCCAAGCCCACAAGUGUCCGGAGCUGUGGUGGAGCCUUACAAUGGCGUUUUGUCUACUCAUUCUCUUCUGGAGCACACAGAUGUUGCGAUCAUGCUUGACAAUGAGGCAAUAUAUGACAUAUGCCGCAGAAACCUAGACAUGGAGCGACCAACCUACACCAAUUUGAACCGGCUUGUUUGCCAGGUCGUAUCAUCGCUGACAGCAUCCUUGCGCUUCGAUGGAGCCCUGAACGUGGACCUUGCAGAGUUUCAGACCAACCUGGUGCCUUACCCCCGAAUACACUUCAUGCUUUCAUCCUAUGCGCCGGUGAUUUCCGCUGAGAAGGCUUACCAUGAGCAAUUGUCAGUUUAUGCGCUCACCAACAGCGUGUUUGAGCCCUCCAACAUGAUGGCCAAGUGCGAUCCCCGGCAUGGUAAGUACAUGGCUUGCUGCCUGAUGUAUCGCGGCGACGUGGUACCCAAGGAUGUGAAUGCUGCGAUCGGCACCAUCAAGACCAAGCGCACCAUCCAGUUUGUGGACUGGUGCCCCACAGGAUUCAAGUGCGGGAUCAACUACCAGCCUCCUACAGUGGUGCCCGGAGGAGAUCUUGCCCGUGUACAGCGCGCUGUGUGCAUGCUGUCCAACACCACUAGUGUGGCGGAGGUAUUCUCUCGGUUAGACCACAAGUUUGAUCUCAUGUAUUCCAAGCGUGCAUUUGUGCACUGGUACGUUGGUGAAGGAAUGGAAGAGGGCGAGUUCUCUGAGGCACGCGAGGAUCUUGCUGCUCUUGAGAAGGAUUACGAGGAGGUUGGAGCCGAGUCAGAUGAGACAGGCUAUGAAGACGAAGGAGAAGAAUAUUAAAGAAUUCUACGACGAGCUCAACGCUUGCCAUAUGUGGGUCUCAGUUUUCUGACCAGAUUCUAAUUCUCCAUCCAGCUUUUAUUUUCGCACCCUCUGUCUCUAAACAACUAUAUGAGCUUUGCCCUGCAGUUGCUUUGUUUUCAGGUCUGAAGUUUUUGGCUCUUUCUGAAGUUGGAUAACUGGUUCAACUUAACUUGAAUCCUCUCCCAACGUUUGCACUGAUUUUUUCGUCAGUCACAAGUCUGAAGAGAGUGAAAUAUGCUCAAAUUGUCAACCUCCUAGUGGCGUUGGGUCAGAACAGCAGCAAGUUAACAUUAGGUGUGUGAUUUUUACUGAACUGAUCUCUUUUAUGGUUGUUAGUAGGUGACCACUUAAUCAAUAUGUUUACAUUGACAUACUCUCUGGGUCAUCUUGUUCAUCCUCACGCUGCUCAUCAGAGUGCCAGCUACAACUGUUUCUUGUGCACAUGACGAGAGGCAUGUCACUUGGAUUGAGCUCUUAUAACAUCACUCUUUAGCAUCAAAUUUUGAACUAAAAAUCACAACCCCAAUCCCUCGCAUUAAGUUUGCAAAAUCUAUCACGCGUGACCCAAUUCAGCUCUAAAAACAUACCAUUACCUGGUUAAACGAUGCCUCAAAUGUGGUGACAUCAGAAAAUAUCGGUUGGCAUAGUUUAGAAAAUUAUCUAAACAAGUGCUGACAAAGAGAAGAUCUUCUUGUUACUAUUUUGUUUGAGAUUUUUUGCAAAAGAGCUUUUGGAAGUACACAUGGUAGAUUUUUUUGAAUUUCUAUAAUUUUUGACAAUCUAAAAAAUCAUUAGUCUUUCUGGACAAAAAAAUAUAACAGUAGUAAAGAGUUUAUUGUUUAAAAAUA